GCGGCCGGGGAAGCGGAGCAGAGGAGAGCCGAAGAGGGGGAGGGGGGAGGAGUGGAAUGGGGGAGGGGGCAUGUGAGGAGGAGGAGGAGGAGGAUGGGGGGCGGUGUAAGGGUGAGUGAUUUCCUUCCGGCACGUCGCCCGCUCGGGGGGAGGGGGCGGGGGGUUUCACUUCCGGGACGGUGUUCCGGCCCAUUCCGGCCCAUUUCCACCCCCGGAGCAGGGCUGAAAGCCUGUACCAUCAGUGAGCACACCAUGGAGAAAGGUGGAAACAUUCAGUUGGAGAUCCCUGACUUUAGCAACUCAGUCCUGAGCCACCUCAACCAGCUGCGCAUGCAGGGUCGUCUCUGUGAUAUUGUGGUCAAUGUGCAAGGACAGGCUUUUCGGGCUCAUAAAGUGGUGCUGGCUGCCAGCUCUCCCUAUUUCCGAGACCAUAUGUCCUUGAAUGAGAUGAGUACUGUAUCCAUAUCAGUCAUCAAGAAUCCUACUGUUUUUGAGCAGCUCCUUUCAUUUUGUUACACUGGGCGGAUAUGUCUACAACUGGCAGAUAUCAUCAGUUACCUAACAGCUGCCAGUUUCUUACAGAUGCAGCACAUCAUAGACAAAUGUACACAGAUUCUGGAGGGUAUACAUUUCAAGAUCAAUGUAGCGGAAGUUGAGGCAGAAUUAGGCCAGACAAGGACAAAGCACCAAGAGAGACCCCCAGAAUCUCACAGAGUUACUCCAAAUCUAAACCGCCCCCUCAGCCCACGUCACAACACACCAAAGGGGAGCCGAAGAGGCCAAGUUAGCACAGUGCUGGACAUCAGGGAGCUCAGUCCCCCUGAAGAGUCAACCAGCCCUCAGAUAAUCGAGCAGAGUUCUGAUGCGGAGAGCCGGGAACCCAUCCUUCGAAUUAACCGAGCAGGACAGUGGUAUGUGGAGACUGGGGUAGCUGACCGGGGGGGUCGGAGUGAUGAUGAGGUGAGAGUCCUUGGAGGAGUUCGAAUCAAAACAGAGAAUCUGGAGGAAUGGCUUGGAACUGAGAAUCAGCCCUCUGGAGAAGAUGGGAGUAGUGCUGAGGAGGUCGCCGCCAUGGUGAUCGAUACUACCGGCCAUGGGUCAGGAGGACAAGAGAAUUAUGCCUUGGCCUCUUCAGCACCCAAGGCCACUCGGCCAACCAGCAGUGAAAUGGACAGAUUUAGCCCUUCUGGCAGUGUUGUCACCCUGACUGAGCGACACCGAGCCCGAAGUGAGUCUCCUGGGAGAAUGGAUGAGCCUAAGCAACCCAACUCCCAGGUUGAAGAAUCAGCAAUGAUCGGAGUAAGUGGUUAUGUAGAAUAUCUUCGUGAACAGGAAGUGUCUGAGAGGUGGUUCCGAUAUAAUCCCCGGCUAACCUGCAUCUACUGCGCCAAGUCUUUCAACCAGAAGGGCAGCCUGGAUCGCCACAUGCGCCUACACAUGGGGAUCACUCCAUUUGUCUGCCGUAUGUGUGGCAAGAAGUAUACCCGCAAAGAUCAGCUGGAGUAUCACAUCCGCAAGCACACGGGCAACAAACCCUUCCACUGUCACGUUUGUGGCAAAAGCUUCCCCUUCCAGGCCAUCCUGAACCAGCACUUUCGCAAGAAUCACCCAGGCUGCAUGCCUCUGGAGGGGCCUCAUAGUAUUUCCCCUGAGACAACAGUCACAUCCCGGGGACAGGCUGAGGAAGAAUCACCUCCACAAGAAGAGACAGUUGCCCCUGGGGAGACUGCACAGGGAUCUGUAUCCACCACUGGGCCGGAUUGAAAGAUAGCAGGGGAGAGGGGGAGGGUCCCCUGCCCCCUUCUGGGCCGUCAGUAGCCAGCAUCUGAGCCAAGAGCUGGUUCUUGGAUUCACAAAAUGCCACAUCUCCAAACAGGAAGAAGCUCCCAAGAUGUUGCCAAACUAGAGGAUUAAUAAAGUACACAGAAACACUCAAGGCUCUCCCCCUCCCCUUCCCCCACUUCACACCUCAGAAAAUAAUUAAGCAAAACAGCUUUCUGAUUCAGGGAUCAACAGCUUUGGUUUGUUAAUUUUUUUAAGAAAACAUUUUUAAGAAAAUCCAGGAUAAACUGUACUUUAGUUACCAACCAUGGCUUCAAUUCUGUGAACUGGUCCAGGUGACUGACCUCGGUGGCUGUAAUGUCCCACCUAGCUCCGACAAGCACAGCAUUCAGGCCUCUGCCAUCCGGACCAGCUGCAGGGAAGGAGGAGGAGGUGGUAAGAGCAGGGCCUUGCUCCUCUGCCUCCUCUGCCAGUCUGUUCUGUUUCCACAGUUAAGGAGAAAGAACGGUUCUGGUGGUCCUUAUUCUCAUAUUUCUUUGCAACAAAAUGUGAUUGGGGCUUUCUGUUCGCCCCAUCCAGGCACCUGGCUUCCUGCCUGAUUGCUUCAUGUAUGCAGCAGCCUCUUAGGGCAGUAUGCUAGCGGGCGAUACAACCUUAAGCUCCAUAGGCUACCAAAAGUUAACUGCUUUGAGGUUUGUGUAAGGCAGUCCUACAUUCAGGGGAUUAGGUGUGUGGUGAGGGAGAUGGGGAGAAGAGGGAAACUUUUUGUGUCUGCAAAUGUGAACUAGCACAGGUGGGCAUUGCAACUUCUUGACUGGUGAGGGUAUAUGAUAGUGCUUUAUACAUCUCAAAGCAUUAAGCAGUGGCUCUGGUCCAGAUGGAUUAAUGAGCUAGAGGCUGACCACCAAAGUCUUGUCAAGACUCUCUGGCUCCUGGUCUUGCAUAACAGCAAUAUUGUACUCAAAAAUGUCACUUCCCAGUGAAAUGAUGCUGGGUUGUGUUUUUAAAUCCAUAUAUCUCCAUGUUUGAUAAGUUUGAUAAAUUUUAUAUAAAGUUAAAAAAAAUUGUGUUACAACAUUGUGGUUCAGGAAAUAUAAAGCUUGUAUUUCCUGAUCAUUUGAAGAACCUCACUAAUUCCUAUGUCACCAGUCUGCCAAUUGACACAAACCCUUCAGCAGAUUAGUGUUAGUUUGAGAGUAUUGCCUUUUAACUAGGACACCCCAGGGCAUUUAGCACAGAGCAUCAUCAUGAAUACAAAACGAAGCCCCUUUUGUUGCAGCAGGUGAACAAGGGGUUAUUUUUUUUUUAUCAUGUUCUCUUGUUCAUUCUCAAAAUUUAGCAAUAUUCUUCACUGGGCCUCCUUGGCAUUUUUAGGUAUUAAUGAGGUUCUCUCAAGUUGAAAAUCAUGGAGAGAGCUAACCAGACCUGCAUAUUCCCUUCCCUGGAGGGAAAGGGAAAAGAAUUUGGCUUGUGCCUAUUUUUUGAAUACUAAAGCAUGCAGGUAAGUCAUAAAUAACUGUUUUCAGACCCAAGUGCAAAUAGAAGCGAGAUAUAUUUGGCCUCCCUCAUUGUUGGAAAGAUUACUAGAUUUUGUUGAGUUUUGCUUUAAAGUAUUUUAAAUCAGCAAUGGUUUAAGAGAUUGCUUUGGUGCAGAAGCACAUGAGAGUGAAAAAAUAACUUAUUGGGUGUUAGCAUGCUGGUAAUGGUGAACUGCUUGUGAGCACACUGGUCAGGCCCUCCCCACUUCUGAGAACGUUUUGUGAUAUGUGGAAAGGUAGGCAGAGAACAAAGAUAUUUUUCAGAAAACAAGAAGUGGAAGUGCAAAGGGUGACUAUUAAAAAGUAAAUUAAGUGUGUUAUUUGUUCUUUAAAUUAUGAGUGCCCUACUGUAUUCCCUCCUCAAGGAGAGGCAAUUGCAUUUUUUGGAGGGGCCCAGGAAGGCAAAAUUUCUUCAAGUGGUAUAUAAUGUUAUCAUGUAAUGAGAGCCUGCCUGUAAAGGGGAGAACCUGCCUCAGAUUUCUCUCAAGCAAGUUCUUGCCUUUCAGGAGCAGUAGUUUGUUUUUAGAACCAUGGACUGUGACAUCCCACUGUUGAAUAGAGCAGCAGUAGAUAUGGUAAGAGCUGUUGUCAGUGUUCCAUAGUCAAGCCAAGAGAGAGUUCAAGUUAGACUGUGAAGCUAAGAGAAGUUUUUCACCAGUCACUUUGAGGCACAGAUUUUGCCAUUGUUGAGUGGAAGAGAAAUGGGAGAAAGUCCAGAAGAUGCUGCUUUUAGACAUAGCUUUGAAACCUACCAAAAAAGGAAAAAGAAAAUAUAAGUCUAUUCUGCUCAUAAGAGAAAGUAUGCCGGGAAAUGCUUUGUUGCUUUGUUAGUUACUUAGACAAUUUUAAAUGAGAAAGUAUAGCUUUUAUAACAUUACCAAACUGUAUGAUGAAGUUAAGUAACUGCCAUAAAAGAAAAAGUUCUUCCUCCCCGGUAUCGUUAAUUCCAUCCAAGUAUAGCAACAUAGGGCUACACUGAAGUAUGGACAAUAUUAUUCGUGUAGCAGGCCAUGAGUGUAUGGUGAAGUUUAGUCUCUGUUUUCCUUUAUUUAACUUUUCACAGGUUUUUACUGUGUUGAUACCGUGAAUAGAGGAAAAUCCCAGUUUAUCCAGGACUUAUCAACACAAUUCUGUGUACUGGUUCUUUCCUUUUAAUUGGCCUAGCCGGAACCAUUACACUCAUGAAAUCCUUGCUGAAGCAAAAUAAGGCUUGGAAGAGCAGGUCUUUUUUUUUUCACCUUUCCUUAAAAAAGAUUUACUUCUUAUAACUGCCCAAAAUUCUUAUUCAGGUCUCACUGUGACAUUGCUCUAGUUCACUGUAAGGUCACUAGAAUAGGGAUUAGUAAUAUUCUUUCUACAUUUGUUAAAUAUAUUUGUGUGUGUAUGUUGUAUGUAUGUAUGUGUAUGGAGAAUGCCUCUUAAAUAUGUCCAAAAUGGACUUUUUAUCUGACUCCUAAUUUGAACUGAACCACUGACAGCCAAAUUUGAACCUCUGGAUGUGUCCCCUGGGAAAAUGAAACUAGGUUGGCACUAAGGGCUAAACUUUUUUUAAUAUCAUUUAGCUGUUACUAGUGUAUCUGUCAGUUUUCUGUAAAAUGGUGGGCACUAGGUAUGAUCUCUUUUCGUGUUCAGUAAGUGGUACUUUGUAGCAAAGAAGUUGCCUCUUUUCUUAGCAAGAAAACAAAGAUGGCAAUUAUUAACUUUAUAUUCUGAAAUGCAACUUUCAUUCUACUGAACUCUUACCCAUCUCCUAAAUGAAAGUAUAAAUCUGCUAUCUACAUGUGCAGUUAUAAGUGGGCACAAAGACUAAUGCUUUUAUUCUCUCUCAACUCAUAAGACUCUUUCUAAUGUUUUGUUUUCUCUUUACUCAGAAUCAUAUUUACCUCUGACCUCAAUUGAAUUUAUCAUGUCUUGAGUUUCAUUUGGUGUACAUCAUAAACCUUCCAAGACCAACUCAUCAAAGGGGUGAGUUAUGUCUCUUAAAUCUUCUAGGACAAGUCAGUAGAACAAGAUUGGAGAGAAUAGGAGGUAGAGGAAGACUUUUUUCUUUCUUUUUAAUUUUUUUGAUUAUCAGUACCUUCCCUGCUUUUGUGAAAUGGUAUGAGCAGAAAAAAAAUAAGCAUUUUCUCUUUAUGGCAGUAGAUGAAAACUAAAAUAUCUUAGUUGAUAGUGCUCUGAUAGGAGAGAGAAUGAUGAAGUAAUAAAGUUCUGUAACUGCUGAAAGCGUCAGUCUCUGUGGCUGUAACAACUUUGGUUGGGCAAGAAUUUCCUGUUACUUUGUUAUCAUAGUAUAAAGGCUACAUUUUGAUUGGACAAAAAGUUUGAAGAUGUUAUUUAAGGAAAUUAAUGAGUGGGAAAAGGAAGCUUUAAAGAAAUCCAACAGAUUGUGAUGUGAAAGAAGAACCACAAAGCCUCUUAACAUGCAGUAGUCAUCACAUCACUUCCAGUAGAACCUAAUUACUAAUUCUUCCUUUCAGUGAAUUAAAACUAUUUACAGUUAUAAAAUGCAUUUAAUUUAUUUGUGCAUUGAAUUGUACAAACUCUAGCCUGUACCACUUCAAAGAUUGGAUGGAAGAGAGUGGAAAGUGCUGAAGGAUGUGUUUUCCUAGGGCAUUCUGGGUUGGGGAAAAUAAAUGUAUUUUCAUCAGUGAUUGAGUCAGGGAAGUGAUGAAGGCAAAAUCAUUAGCAAAGUACUUCCCCCUGGAGCUAUGGUUUAAUUUGAAAGAAUUCUCCCAAGAUUUACCAUUGCUGCUAUUUUAUUUCUAUAAAAUAUAGAUUGGGGAGUUUGAGCUACAAAGCAAUAAAUCACCAGUUACUUUAAGAGUUGUUUUGUCUCUCUUACAGACUCCUUUCUCUUAUUACCUCUUUUAUACAGCUCCCCCUAGAUAUUGAGGGCUUUGGGUUUGGGAAACCUUCAGAAUUGGACCUUAUAAUUUGCCUGCCUCUCUCUUGAAGUGAUAAGUAGAUUGAAAUUAUUAUAGUUUUUUAUUAGAAACAGGCACAAUAGCAUUGCUCUUUUAAAAUAAUUUCCACAUUAGGUAAAAGUAAGCUGUAAGACCUUUUAAAAAAUAAUCACAAAAACAGAAAUGUAUCUGCAUAUAUAUACAUAUAUAUGUACAUAUGCACACCUUAUUGUUUUUGUGAGUUUGUGUACCUGAAGUUCUUGUGAAUUUAUUGGAAACAGACAGUAGAAUCAAUCCUGCUGGAGAAAAUGUGUUUUGACUCUUAACAAAGUACUUUUUUUCAGAGGCCAUCAUCUUUUCUCUGGUAUUGGCAUUUUCCCCAAAUAAGCAUAGUCUGUUUCAUUUAAAAUAAUUAGAAGUUAAACCAGGUUUCUUCAUGAUUCUGUGUGUGGAAGAAUGUACAUGUGUGUUCUUAAAUACUUAUUGUUAUGGAUUGUUGAGUUUUAAGUUUCUCUUAGAAUCAUCCUCCUUCCAACUGUGAACAAGUUAACUGUCUUGUAAUUUAUUUCUUUCCUGUAUGUAUGUUUGUCCAUCAUGUUUGCAUUGUGAAUGGCAGUUCUCAGUGCUCCAGUAGCUUCUGUGCACUAGGAAUAGCUAUACUUGGACAUGGAGAGAUAUUGGAAAUAUUUAGAAGAUUAUGAAAAAUAGAAAUCCUUGGUGGGGAAAGCUUUAAUUAUCCAUCCUUCAGGUUUAUGUAGAGUCCUUGAAUUAAAGGAAUGUAUAUGGGCAGGAUUCUCUGAGCUAUAUUGAUAUACCUUUAUGUACUUGUUAUUCACUUUGUGAAUUCAUCAGGUUUAAAUCAAAAUAUAGCUGAGACCCUUAACUUUGUAUAAUGCCUAUCUGGAUAUACCAUUUUAUUCUCUAGUCGCCUUCUUCCAGGAUAAAGAUUUAUGGGCCUGGACUGUAAAUCCAGUGAAUGUUCUUUUUUAAUCCUCCCCUAUUUAGUAGGCAUUUGUCUACAAGAUUCAAAAAUAUUUGUUCAGACUAAGUCACUGUAGAAUCUAUUCUGGUCUUAGAGCAAUUGUACUUAUAAAUUGUACUUACAUAGUAAGUGAACUUAUAUAUAGUGUUGCAUUUCAGGGUUACCAAGAUUUUUAUCCUCUUGUUAAAAAUUAGGUUAGGUAAAACUAAUGAAUAACCAAAAUCUGUCCUUCUUUGAGAAGCUUAUUAUAUCAGUAUGGUAAUACACACACACACACACACACACACACACACACACAUACACACACACACACACAGAUGUUCUUCAAAAGAAAAUUAGUGUCAAGAAUGAUAACUUUCUUUAGUCACAAAUUUUCAACUUUUAAGAUUUAAAGACCCAAAUUUUAACAUCGGUUUAUAUAUUUAGUUUUCCAAAAUAAUUUUGUAUACUUAUUUCCUUACUUUCUCAAGUAGCAUUCCCUUUCCUUCCUUUUGCUUUCUCACUUUCCCCCCCUUAACUUUCUUUUAAAUAUGGUAGAUACUUUUCUUUUGACCUUUUAUAUAACUUUAGUGAGUGAUCUGAAUUACCAGUGGUUGGUUUGUCCCAGGCAGCCUCCCACUUUAGAGCAUCUAAUUGGAUUUUACUCCAGAGAGGUGGGAUUUACCCACAGGGAGAGGUGAGACUGAAUCUUGGGAAAUGUUAUUAAAGCAACAUAGGUAAAUUUAUUCCCGAAGUAGAAGAUACAUUUUUAAGUUAUUAUUAAUAACUAGCUGUUAAUUAAUAAUUAAUAACUAUGUCCUGUAAUCACCAAACUAGAAGAAUCCUGUUGGUAUUUUGGAAAGAUUACAGAACCUUCUUUACAUCUCUAGUUACACUGCCCCCCCUGCCAUCACAGAGGUGCCCUUUGAGACUAUAGCACUAAGCACUAAGGUCUCGAAAGGAGCCCUUGGAACCCAUCCACACUGAGUAUGAUCCAUGCCAAUGAUUUGAAGUGGUAGCACAGUUGGGUGCAUUAGCAAAGCAGGCUUAAGAAAGCAAGCCUCCUGGUAGCCCUAAAUGGGAAAGCCAUUCAUUACUAAAUUGGUUUUUCAUUAUCACUUUGAGGAAUUUAGGCAUACCUCAUAGCUCUGGUUCCCAGCAUUCCAAAACAUAUGUACAAAUAAUUUUUUGCAAAAAUUUGGAUACCAUCUGGGUUUGUGUGACUUUGAUUGGUGAGACGUGCUAUUGAAAUCCAGGGCAAUGAGCCUUUUUUGCCCAAGACUGAAAAUUGAACCAUUCUAUGACAGAAAUGGGAUUGAUUAUAGGCAGCAAGUUAAGGGGGUUGUAGCACAAAGCUGUUCAUCUUGAAAGAAGGCAAAGCCCAGAGCUGUUUCUGGUGUUAAGUUGAUGCAGUUCUAGCCCCACUAAGAGAGUCAUAGACUGAUAUAACCUUUGAAGAAGUUAGGUCACCUAAGCCCAUUGAUUCAAGUGAGAGUCAAAGGACAGGCACUUUUUGUAAAGAAUGUCUGGCUCCUUCUCAAUUUCCAAAACCAUUCUCUGAGACUUCUUUCUAGAAGGGUUUCCAUGCAGCUCCUAAAAUAGCCCACACAGGGAUCACAGGGUGAACUUAAUCAUAUACCCUCGAUUCAGAUAGCCGCUUUUCACAUCUCUCCAGGAUAUAUAUCAUGUCCCCCAUUCUCGUAACAAAUGCUAAUACUUCAUCAGAAAACUACACUGUGGUGGGAUGAGAUGGAAUCACUCAACAUCACAGUGGUCUAACUCAAUGGCAUUUCAAAUCUUGAGGCCUACAUUAAGACCUGAUUUAAGGGCAAGUGUAAAAGAUCAGGUUUUUUGAGUUCACCUCUUUCCCAUCUAAGAAACAAAAGUCCCCUUAAUCUAAUUGUGUCCUACAAGAGACUGGUGGCUCAAGCUGCUAAAGUUGUCACAUUGAGACUAAGGAACCUGGUCAUGGUAGAAGCUUUCUUAAGCUUUUGAUCCUUCUAUACCUUGGCCUCUGAAUCCAUUUCAGAGAGCCACAGUUGAUUGUUAAAUGAAAAGAAGGAAUGUCUAUUGCUGACACCAUCCUAUGUACAUGACAAUUUACAAUGGAUUCAUGAGGAAUUAAGUAGCAUCUUGGGAUUUGCAUAGAUGUCAGUAGUUGAAAACGGUGAUUACAGUUGGGAGCCUACUAAAGGGGAAUAUGUUCCAGAUUUUAUGUAAUCACGCAUCCUAAGGGAUUAGAUAGCAUUACAGAAAAAUAUGCUUCAUUACAAACCCUUUUGGAUUGACAAACGCAGUCUCACCCUACUAAACUUAAAUCUAUGCACUUUAAAUGAAAUAAAAGAAAAUUUUAUUCAGGUAGCUUUGGAGGUUUCCUUAAAGGAUACUGAGGCUCUACUUUCCUCUGAAUAGAGCAAAGAUUUUAAAUUCUAGACCCAUGGCUGAAGCAGAAUGACAUACUAGACAAGUUGUCAUUUGAAGACAACUCUUUUGAGUCCUCUAAGAAUGAGGAACCCACUACCUCCCAAAAUAGCCCAUUCCACCUUUGGAAAACUCUGAUCGUUAGGAAAUUCUUCCUUACAUCAAGCCAAAAUAUGCCUUUCUAUAACUUUUGCCCACUAGUCCUUGUUCUGCACUCAAGGGCCAAGCAGAAUAAGUUUCCCCUUUUCCACACAAUUGGCCCUUUAAAUACUUGAAAACAGCUAAUACAUUCACUGAGUCUUCUUUUUACAAUGGUAAACAUUCCCAGUUCCUUCAGUUGGCAUGAUUGUGACUCCCAUCACCAUCCUGUAUAACCCACUUUUGGAUGCCUACCAACUUGCCAGUGUUCUUCCUAAAAUUCAACACCCAGAAUUGAACAUAAUACUCUUUAUAUCCUGAUAGAGCAAAGUAUAAUAGAACUAUGUCCUCAUUUAUUGGGCACACUAUCCUUUUAUGAAUGCAGUGUAUUGUUUAUGGCUGCCAAGUCAUACUUGCUAAAGUACUUCAGUGAUUCAGGGUUUCAUUGGUAUUGGUAUUCACUCCCCCACUGCUCCCCAUACUUGCCUGAAUGUUUUGUUUUUUGCCCAUACCCCCCCCAUAAAUCUUCAACAAAGGCUAUACUUAAUGAUUUGGAAUCCCACUUUCUGACGCACUAUUUUGUGGGUUCCAGUACACCACCUUAUCUAGCCAUCCUUUAUGCUCCUCCUACAUAUGAUUGUAGAUUUAAAGGUGAAAGGGAACUUGAGACCAUGAAGUCCAACCCCCUCUUUUAAUAGAAGAGGAACCUAAGGCACAGAGAGUUUAAGUGAUUAUACUCAAUGUCUGAGGGAUUUGAACUCGGGUCUUUCUGGAUUCCAAGUCCAGGAUUCUGUCAACUAUUCUUCACUGCCUCAUGACCAGCCUUCCCCUCAGUCCUUUGCUAUGUAUCUUUAAAAAUGUAUUUAUGCCAUUUUUUGCAUAUAUUAGUUAGUAAUGUGCUGUUGCCUACUGAAGCUUCACACUGUUGACCUGUAUUGAGCUUUCAGUGCCCCCAAAUUCUUAAGAUCUUUCUUAUGAGAGCUGUUGUCUGAUUGUAUCUGCUUAAGCAGUUGCAUUUUUGAACCCAAGAUUCUCCUUACAGAUUUAUAUGUAUAUAUAUAUAUAUAUAUACAUCUUUUUAAAAUUUCCUCCUAUAGUGACCAUUAAAGAGUACUUGGCCCAUCCUUAACAUCAAGACUUCUGAUUUAAGAAGUAAAUAAAAGCCUAAUCAGCUGUUCUCAUCCCCUACUUAAUCUUUCCUUCAUGCCACCUGCCAGGAUGUAUAGGAGCUGGAAUAUAUGGUCAUGAUAUUAUUGAGUAAAGAAAUGACUGGAGAAAUCUUUGGAUUGGUGAAACAGUUUUUCUCUGAGGAGAAACUAGUUGUUCUCAAUAUCAUCAAGUUGUUGCCACAGAUUUGUCACCCAUUUUCUAGGUAUUACUGUGAAUGAAUGAUGUGCUCCAAAGUCAGGCCUAGAAAAAGUAGCAUGUGGGGUCUUUUGAAUUGUAAUAUCAUGGCUCUCUUGUUCCAUUACUAAAUGUUGAAAAACCUGUUAGAUAUUGGUACAUAUCAUACAGUAGCAUCAGUUGAUAAUUAUUUUAGAUCAGGGUAGAAGCUGAAAACAAAAAUGGGACCGAUUUCAGAAGCCAAUCGUACUAGACCUUAGACUGAUUUACAUUAGGAUUAUGGUUUCAGUGUGUGAUUUGUUCCUUUUGAGAUGUAUUCCAAAUUGAGAACAUUCCCCAAUAUAUCACAUGUUGCUUUUGCUAUUCAAGAUGAGCCAGAGUUACUACAAAGGGAUGAAACAUGCUGUAUGUCAGCAUACACUAAUUUGAGACUUCACCUACAUUUAUAAUCUUCAGGCAGGUGGAAGUAAAUACUAUGGCUUAUAAUGUUCAUGUGGCUACUCUCUCUGAGUUUAAAGUUCCUUAACAGAAACAUGUUUUAUGAUAACUUCCUUUGGAAUGUGAGCUCCAUUUUACCUCUUUCUAAUUUUGAAUCUUUUUCUUUCUCUAAAUAUUUAUGCUAAAAGAGCAGGUUCCUCUGAAUCUCAUAUUUUUCACAUAGAAUCUACAGCACAAUUUUUUCAUGAAUUUUAAUCCUUAAACAUUAGCAUGAUACCAAUCUAAUUUUGGACAAAAAUAGAUCAUUGAAAUUUAGGAUUCUUGACUAGAUCUAUCAGAUUUUAAACAUAGUUCCAUGGCACCAGAUGGUAAUAGUCAGACAAUCACUAAUAGGAAAAGUACAUUUUAAAGAAAAUAGGGGCAAAGUUGGAAUUCUGGUCUAGCAAUUUGUUCACCCCAAUUUAAUCUUUCUCAUUAAAGAAGGAUUUCGAGACAGUCAUUUCUUGUGCCUUAUAACUCAUUUCUCCAGUAAUUUCAGUUUGAGAAAGAACUGCUUCUUGUCAAGUCCUGGGUGAUUGUAUACAAAGGAAAGGAAAAGAGGGUUCUUGAAAAUCCAAGGCCUUUGUUCCAGUCCUGAUUCACCAACACUUUAGUGAUGGAGAAAAGUAGAUUCUGAGUUCAUGAUGUGAGAAGCUAGGUGAAAGAUAUGUGAAGUAGUUUAAGCUUUACAUCUAACUGGAUUUUUAAAGAAGGGGAAAUGCUACACCUUUGUCUAUUCUAAUAUGAACCAUUUGCCUGCUCUUGGUGAGGAGAAAAUCCAUCAAGAUCACCUAGAGAAAUAAUUCUUAUUCCAAGAUGUGUUUCUUUUGCCUAAUCUUCUUUCCUCUAGAUGGAGCCAUUGUGUGGUUUCACUCAAUAAAAGUUCCCAUUUUAAAUAACAAUAACUUUUGAAGUUUGGUACUGUGAAUGAGAAAAUAGAAUAAAAGGAAAGGGAAUCUGAAAAGAUCCCCACAUCUUUAUUCUUGCUCACCUAGCUCUUCUUAGGAGCAAAAGUCUGAAUAUUUUAAGUCAAUUAAAAAUAGAUUCAGUGAGGUUAGGCUUUCUGCUUUCAACCUGGAGAACAUUUUUCUAAUGUAAGUUCACUAACCAGGUAUUUUAAUACACAUAACAAUUAUAAGGCAGAAAAUAGUGGCCAAAAAGAGCCACUGUAAAAACAAAGCUACAGGGUAGGAGAAUUAUUUUAAAUAAGUGUCCCCUAGAAGCCAGUUUUGCCAAGUUGGGGAAAUCACCAAGAAAUGUGACUGAUAUCUGCCUAUAGAAUAGACAAGGCAGUCACAUAGGAAAAAAAAGCUAGAAUUUAUAUGGCAUUCCUAAUUUUUAUUUUUACAAAAAUAGUUUUAAGUCAUAUAACUUGUAUUAAAAUAUUGAGCCUUUUUUCAAACUGGCCAAACUUAAAUAACACUAAUAUGAAUCAGUAUAAUUCAACUAUAUAUGCACAUUCACUUGAACCCAGAUUGAUAUAUUAAAAAGAUAGCUCCUGCAGAAGAUUUCAUAGGAAGUUAGGUUAUUUUCUUAAUACCUAUCUUUUUUCAUAAGUAUAUGUUUAUAAAUAUAUUUACUCAUCUACUGUGACCUUGGUAACAAUAAUUUCAAUGAGUUAUAUCAAAGAUUCUAAAAUUCUAAUUCUGGACAAAGAGAGCUUUUUAUUGCUUUGGUUGUAUUUUGGCCAAGAAAAUGUUUCUUUGCACUUUCUAUUUAUAAAGAAGCUAUAGAGCACAGUGUAGCCACUUCAUAUAGCUGUUCCCUUGAUAUGACAUAUAAGUAUUAAAGUAAGGUGCGUGUUUAAAAAUUAGAGGAAGAGAGAAAGGGACUUCAAUAUGAUCCUGGCCUGAGUCUACCUGGGAGGGGGUUGGAAGUGAUCCAAAGCUCUAGGGUUGAGUGAAAUAGGGCUGUGAGGUAGCCAGCCACUCAAUAGGAUGUAGAUGUAGGUGCGGGUGUUUUUGUAUGAGAGGUGUUCGAUUGAAACAGAGAAGUACCUGCAGACUCUUCUACCUCCCGUUCCGAAAUAAGCAUGUCCCAGGUGCCUGGUUGCCACCAGGUGGAGGCUUGGAUGUGUUAGCCACAGCCAGCCUCAUCCUCUCUUCUGCUUUAGCCCUGCUACCUCCAAGCACCAACCGAAGGGAAUGUGAAGCAUCCAGGAGCAAAGAAGAACCAGACCCACAUUGGACAGGCUGAAAUGUCUGAUAUUUCCUUAUGUGUUAAGGUUUUUCUUAUUACUUUUUUGAACCAAUCCAUUUCAAAGCACUUGAGAACCCAGCUGAGUAUUUUGUCUGUAGGCUUUCAUUGGCAAGUAUGGCCAGUGGAAUCACUUUUUCAAAGAGUCAUAGAAUAAGAUGAUCCCAAAAGUCUGUUCCGAUCCAAAAUUGCUGUUUUAGGUCUGCUUCUAAAGUGUUAGGAAGGCUACUCGCCCUUUGAGUGAUGAUGCUAUUGGUGUGUCUGCCUCUUUCUAUACGGGGAGUUAGAGACUAAAUGUGGAUGCUUCUAUAUAAACUCAUUUCAAGGCCUUCCUUUUCAGAUCAUCCAUUUUGUUUUUAUUAUGCAUUAAGUCAUUUAAGACAGCUUUUAGCCCACAGCCCAUAAAUGUCUGAAUAAGAGGGCUAAGACUGAGAGGUCAUUUUCAGUAAGGGCAUGUGUUUCUCAGAAUCACAUUCAUGGCUUCCCAUCCUAUUACUGCUGUGAGAGUCUGUGUAUCUCUUGGGGAAUAUUUGUGAUUAUCACAGUGAGUUGGCAAAUUGGGACCAGAACCCAGAUUUCCAGCCUCUGUUCAAUGUUUUUUCCACUAUUAUGACAUUACCUGUUCCAUCCCCAGACAGACAGCAAUACUGUUAUGCAAAGAUAAGUCCUUGCAUGGCACAGAGGUUGCCCUCAGUAUCUCCCUAGGGCACAGCCGUACUCAAACCAGCUCACACCCUGGUGUCUUUUUUGGGGUUUGUUCAUACAUCCGAGCUGUUAACCUGGCAAAGUGAGAUUGUUGGGAGUUUAGUGAUGACACAUGAGUCUGAAGACCCCAUUUUCAUGGGCACUGACCUCUUUGAAAUUAUGCUUGAGAGUGUUUGACCAUUGCCAGGGAAAGAGAUUCUUCCCCACUGUUGCCAGGAAAAGACUGCCUGUCAGCACAGAACCCUCAAAUUCUACUGGUCAGGGGCUCCUUUACCUCAAGGUUAAUGUGACAUCUAGAAUUCUAGUGUUAACUAAGAAAAGAAUAUAUAACUAUUAUAAAUUAAUGGCCUAGGUUAGUUAAGAUAAAUCUAAAUAUGGCAAUAAAAUACAAAUUUUCCCAAGUUAGGUUCCUGUCUCUAUUUAGUGCUUUUAGUUUAUAUAUUACAAAAUUGUCUCAUUGGCCAUUAAUAACUAAAACAAUCUUCAAACAGAAAUCUUUUAGCACAAAUUUAUCCAAGAUUUGUUUCCAAUCUUACAUUUUUUUUUAAUCUUCAAAAUACCAAAAUCCACAUAAUGUUGUUGUUUUUUUUUUAAUCUUGGGUGAAUAAGCAAAUAAAAAAAAUUAUGUAGUCUUUGAAUCUGGUUGUUGGGGUGUUGGGCAGAUUUCCUUCUUUGAAGGAACCUUAACCUUAAGUAGAGCAAGGCCAUCACUCGGCCUUCAGAAUACUUAUUAGAGUGGAUACAGUCAACACUUAUCUAUUUGUAAUGCUUUCUACCUUUUAAUACUAAAGCUAUGGCCAGCUUUCUACUAUGAAGGCACUACAGACAGUGACCAGACAGUGACGGGCUAAAAGCGGGGAAGGGGACGAAUCAGUUUCAAAGAUGGGGUCUGUUCUAUGUGGUAGUUGGCAAGUGAAAACAGAUGGCCUUUCUGAUGGCUUUAGAUAGUGAUGAGGACAUUAUUGGGCAUAUGAUAAUAAAAACGGGCUUCUGCCUGAAUACAGUAUAAAUGUUUUAGGAAGGCAAGGGUAAGUGAAAUCACGGGAAUUCAUUCACCAUGACUGCUUGUUAUCUUUUUCUUUCUUCAGAGCAAUUUUCAGACUCUAAGCCAUGGUAAUACCCUAGACUCAGGAAUAAACUCCUGCUUAGGAAAACCCUUUCAUUGAACAGAGAAGAAUUCUCUUUUGUUCUGAUCCUGCCCACACAUAUGAGGCUGGGUUUUGUGUAAGCCAAUAAUUUUAUUUUGCUUUCUACAUAUAAAGCCAAAGUGAGCAAUGCCCAAGUAAUUCUAGUAAAGCAUAUUAAACCCAUGGAGCUGGAGGAAGAAUACAAUCACCCUACCUCUCUUCUAUAUCUCUCUUUCAUUGUCUUGGAUUAACACUGGUUUCUUGAGGUUUUUAUUAUUAUGGAGUAAUCUAGAUCAUUUUUUCUUGGUUAGUGAUAAGUAGUCUUCUCUCAUUUGCUUUUCUUUCUUUCCUUCCUACCUUCCUUCUUUCUUUCAACUUGACUGAUCUAAGGCUAGCUUGAUGUAUGGUCAUUGAUUGUGAAGGUGAAGAUUACAUGAUGCAGAGACAUUGAUUGGCAGAUGAUGAAAUGGGACAGUCUGUGGAUAAAUGUAUCAAAGUAAUUCUGGAAAGAGAUGGAAUCAUUCUCUGUGUCCAUUUUUGUAUGUCUGUGCCUUUUUUUGUUUCCCAUUUUUCUGUCUUUUCCAAAAGAUGUAUAAAAUUUGUCUCCUCUAAUAAUUUUCAGCUCCCAGGUUCCAGUCUUCUGUAGUGUAGACUACAUCUCUUCCUGCUCUUGUAAUAAAAACCAAGGUACCCAGGUAGUUGUUGUGUGUGCAGCUGGGCAGAUAGCCAGCCAGUGCUGACAGCAACUAUUAGCAAACAGAAAAGGCACAAAUAGAUAGAUCAGCCAUUUCUGUUUUCUUUCCUCUUUGGUGUAUUUGUGCUGUAAGUGAAGAAUGAUGGCUAGGGAAAGAGAUUGCCUGCUAAAUCAUCAAACAGAGAGACUGACACAUAAAUUAAACAGUGAAAGCCAAGCAUAAUGGGAGGGUAGGCCCAGGGAACCUUCACUAUUUGUCUCUUAGCUUGACUCCAGAGUGAGAUUGCAGGCAAAAUAAGGCUUUCUUCGUUAUUGAAUGAGAUGCAGUGGUGAAGGCCUGAGUGUUUUCAGUAUUCAACAAGUAAAAUGAAAUAGGCACCUUUCAGUAUCUCUCUUUUAGAAUAGAAAAGAUCUAAACCAUUGGUUCCUAAGAAAUGAAGGAAUUACGUCUUUAAUUACCUGGAAACCUUGUUCCUGUUUUGUUCAUCAUUAUCCUUGAUUCUCAGUAUUUUAUGAAACAUAGAGGAAAAAGGUUGAUACUUCCUGCCUCCUGCCUCUCUCCAAAUAUAGAGAAACCAAGAAUGAGGUAUUUAAUCAACCAAAAAAAGAAGAAACUACCCAUGAACCAUGGAUCUAAAAUAAUAGCCCUCAUAACUCAUCCCUCUUUCCAAUUCUUAAUUCCAGUGUGAGUGUUCAUGGGCACCAGUCUCUUGCCUCAGAGAACAAAUUUAACUCCCUGCAUUUGCCACAACUAGUAACUUGAAUUUUAAUGGGUAGAGAGUAGAAAACAGUGGGAACUGGUUAUGGUGGAUGGGGAAAGAGUUUGAUGUAGAAGCACCAAGUUAGAGCCUUUUGAUCACAUAGCACUUCCUGCCUAUUUGCUGAUUUGAUAAAGGCCUGCAGUCUUGAGAUACCAUUUAUAGAAAAGGCCUCCUUCCUCUCAGGGUGAUGGGCCCAAGCUUUCUGUCACCGGGUCAUGUUUGACAUUUACUACUGCCAUUGGAACUUAAUGUUUGUCACUGCAAAACCAAGACAAGAGCCAUGGGUUGGGUUAAAAGGGACCUUAGAAGCCAUCUGACCCCUUCAUUUGACAGAGGAAGAAACUGAGGCCCAGAGAGGCUAAGCAGUUUCUGUAGCGUCCCCUUUAUCAGCAGUGACUGAGUCAGAGAUCAAGCCGAUGUUCUUAGAUGCCUCCUCUCUUUGGCAGGGUUUUUGCCCCUGUUGCAAGAUCUAUGGAUUACUGUGAAGCUUUACUCCAUUUUUAUGCUACUCUUAAGCUGCACUGGAUUAACGUCUUUUAUUUUGGGAGACAGGAGUGUAUAGGAAGGAAAAAAGGAUCAUUUCUACCUUGAAGUGAAAGCAAAAAAUGAGGCGAAUUCCAUACUGGCAAAGUAACUGUAAACCUUGGAGAUUUCCCUGGUCCCCUGGCUUUGUGUGCUGUUGCUUCUUGACCCUCUAGAAAAUCUUUCUUAAGUCAGCUAACAAAACAAUUUUAGAGAUUCCAUUUUGUGGGGAAAAGAUUAAUAGAGACACUAGAACUGAGGGGGAGGUUCUUUUUUACCUUAAUCCAUUGACUUUGCAGCUGGCUAAGAGUUUUUUUCAGGGUGCUAUUAGCCAGUCCUUUUCAUUCUAUUACUACCAUCUGAGCCUCUAAAUAUGACAGCAGCAAUUGUGAAAUAUGGGGGAGGUUGGGUCUGGGAUAGUUCUAGCCUUCAGAGAACAUCAGGAAAGUUUUUCUCCUUCUUUACUAAUACACAAAAUUAGUACUUUAAAAUUUUAACUGAAGUCAGUGAAGGAGAGGAGUUGAUGAGAAUAGCCCUUAGACUUAUCUCCUCAUAGUUUUAGUGGGGAGUCUGCCUAUGCUGGUGGGAAGGCUUUGAGGGUAGAAUGAGGGAAGAAUUAAUGUAGCAAAUACUUAGUUUCUUUCAGAUGAUUACAGUUUGAAAGAAGUCUAUCCAAACUGUUCUCUAUGGUGCUUUUUCUUACAUGAUGGGAGUUGUCCCAUCUCUCCCUCAUCUUACCUGGGCACUGUGCCUUCCCACUGGCCUCUAUGAAAAGCAAAUCAUAGUAAACUCAGAUGCCAGACUUCCAAGACACGUUUCCCUUCUUCACCUCAGGGCUAUCAUUUCUGUACAAAGCUGGGGAUGUAGCAUUUUCCUUCCAUUUGGAAAAUAUUUUUGGUUUUCCUAAGAAGUGGAAUAUCAAAUUGAAAAUGACCAGAAGAUUCUAUUCUGGUAAUAGUAGUUAAAGGAAUUGGGGAAAAGAAAUCCCCUUCCUCCAGUCUUACAAUGAUACUGCCCCAACCUCUCCUGGUGAGUUUGUAGGUUACCAUGACAUUCCUAAGCAACACAUAAGCUUGGCUAAUGUUACAAGUGGUUUUUCCUCAUGAAUUAACCAAGAAGGAUUCACAUUGAAACAGACAAUCAGUUUCUAAAAUAUCUCCUAAAAUGGAGAACAUGGUAGACUAUAUUUAUCAAUUAGAAUGCUUACAGGUCUCUUUUUCCCUUUUGAAAAGUUAACAUUUGAGGUUAAGUCCUUCUCCUGGAGCAAUUACUCCAUUUAAAAAAGAUGCAUCAGGAAAACAAAUGGCCCAGUCCUGCUUUUCCUCUUCUCUAUCACUGCUGAGACUGAGGGGCUGGGCUUCUGCAUCUUAGGUUGAAAAGUAGUUGCUUAAAAAGUAUGUUUUAUCCUAACCUUAAACAUAUCUACCUAUGGAUAUGAAUACUGUAGGGUUAUUUUUCCCCCACCUUUUAACCAUUGUCACUUAAAUGUAAACCACCCCUCCCUUACUGAAAAAAAUGCACUUUAAAUCUUAAUAUGUGUGGCUGUUGCUGGCUUUGCAGCCAGAUCACUUUUGGUAGGAGUUGAGGAGGGAGAGCUGUUGCCAGACUUUUUGCUGCUGCCAUCACCUGGCACAUGAGUGCAGCUCUGCCUCCUGCCUCAGCAACCCCUCCCCACAAAAAGUAGACCAGAUGGGAUUUUGGAAUGCACGAAUUCAGAGAUGUCCGUUUUUAAGUGAGCCCCAACCCCAACCCCCCCAAAGAAAGGAAAAAAGCAAUCCAAAUGGGAAGAGGUCUCAAAAUGUUAGCUCCCCCCUCUAUUCAAAAGUCUAGGGUAAAUUCCCAGCCUUGGGGAUUCUUUUCACAGUUAGGAAAGUUUCCAACUGUAUUAACUUCUACUUAACGUUUGUGGGGGGUGGUCGUUGAGGUCCUUUCUUUUGAAGAGUGAGCGUUCCCCCUGAAGAACCAAGUGGUCAAGGUGGGGUCCUGCUCUGUUACUUCUAGAUCUCGGAGUUAUUCCUUUAGAUUAUUUUACAAGUUUUCGCAACAUUCUCUUCCCUUAGACUCUUCUCUUCCCCGAUCACAGGAAAAUAGUUCUUGGAGGGGCUGCAUGUCUCCUGGAGGUAGCCCCGGGAGCAGUGUUGUGGGGGGAGGGCACAAGGGUGGGCAGAAGACUGGGUUUGGGGCAAGGGGAAACAAAGAAAAGGUGAAGAUACAGAACUAUAUUAACGUAUUUAAAGCAGUUUAGCAAAAGCUUUCUCGUUGAACAGCUUUAAGAACAAUGUGAAUGAAAACUUAGCAACUCGGUUAGGAAUCUUUGAAAAUUCUAUAAAUGUAUACUUGAAAUUCUGUUUGUAUAAAGAAAAUGCAUUUUCCUCUUUAUUUUAACACUGUGUAAAAGAACAUUAUGCAUGUGAGUGGUUUGAGAAUUAAAUGGUUUAAUACUCUUA